UCUUCACGUCACACACACAGCUCUGCUAUCUGCACGUCACACACACAGCUCUGCUAUCUGCACGUCACACACACAGCCCUGCUAUAUGCAAGUCACACACACAGCUCUGCUAUCACACACUCAAUAUUGCUAUGCACAGGUCGCACACACACAGACGUCCUGUGUGCAGUAAACCCCGCCCAUCACGUGACUGAUCACAUGACGACGACCUCUGGAGCCCCGCCCCCGGUUAGCCUGUGUAUUUAUCAAUGAAUGGCAGGGGCCAGGCGGCUUCGCACAACACCAUGAAACAUGACCCGCUGCCAAAAUCUGAAUACUACACGUACCUGAUGCUGUCGCUGGGGAUCCACUUCUAUUCAUUUUAUAAAGUUUACUUGUCUUCCAAAGAUCAGGAAGAGAUUAUUGAGCAAGAAGUCGGUCUGGAAAGAGAUACUUCGAUUUUGGGUUUAAAAAAGGACGUAAGCGAUUUCGAAUGGAGCUUCUGGAUGGAGUGGGCGCGCUCACACCUUGUUUGGCUGAUGCUGGGACAUGCUCUACUUUCCCAAUUUGCCAGGAUUUUCUUCAGGAAGUAUCACCCUUGGCUCCUGAUGGUAUAUGGCAUGGUGGCCUGUUGGCUGGUGCUGGGUAUAAAGGGCCUGGUGACCAUAUUCCUGAAUACACUUGUAUUCUACGUCACGGCGCAGAUGAGGACUCCCAUCGUUACCUGGCUGAGCUCAGGGUUUAUGCUUUUGUUACUGCACAAUGAAUCGUUGGAGGAUAUCCAGCGGUCUUGGUACGGCAGUGAGAACGAGUUCUACCUCCUGCAGUUCACGCUCACCGUGCGCUCCCUCUUCUACACAAGUUACUGUCUGGAAUACAGCAGUCUCCAAGCAAGUGACGACACCGCCUUCUCCUUACCGUCACUGAUGCUCUAUGUUUUUUAUUACCCGCUCUUUCACAACGGUCCCAUUAUCACCUACGACGAAUUCGCCAAACAGAUAUAUGCACAGGACACUAGACGGCCGAAUUUUCAUCUUUCCGGGCUGGUGGCAGAUAUAUCUCGCCUUGUUCUGUGGUGGUUGCUGGCAGAGCUGAUGAUUCGCACCAUGUAUAUGCAUGCAAUGUACAGCAGCUAUGCCGUUCUGGAGGACGUCUCAUACUGGACCCUUGGUGGUCUCGCCUUGGCGCAGGUUCUGUUCUUUUAUGUGAAGUACCUGGUCCUGUACGGCUUCCCAGCGCUUAUUGUACAGUUGGAUGGUGUGACUGCCCCCGCAUUACCGCGCUGCGUCAGCACCAUGUACAGCUUCACUGGUAUUUGGAGGUGUUUCGAUGUCGGCCUUCACCGUUUUCUCGUGAGGUACAUUUACAUCCCAAUGGGAGGCUCCCACUCAGGGCUUGGAGGAAUGCUGCUCUCCACUGCAUCUACCUUUAUAUUUGUAAGCUACUGGCAUGGAGGCCAUGAAUAUCUCUGGUACUGGGCAGCACUCAACUGGACUGGAAUCACGGUGGAAUAUGGACUGAAAAAGCUCCUUGCUUUACCAUCUCUUCAAGGCAGAAUUGAUCAAGGUUUGUCACCGAAGACGUAUCGCCGACUUCACGCUGCUCUGGCAUCUGUUUCCACCGCUCUGUUGAUUCUUACCAACCUCGUGUUCCUUGGAGGGGAGCAGGUUGGAAAGAUAUACUGGGAACGACUGUUUGUACAAGGUUGGCCCUGGAUCCCGCUCGUGAUGUUUGGCUGCCUUUACUGCUUCACCCAGGUGGGGAUUGAAUGGAGUCUGUUUUUGUACCCUAAAUACAAAGGGAAGUUUCCUCUUUGCUCAAGAACCACGCCAGUCAAGUGAGGAUUUCAUAACCCAGCGCAAGUCACUGGAUAUUCAAAGAGACGGAGAUGGGCCCAGGGAUCAGUAUUGAACUGAUGUACAGCAUUUAUUUUUCUUAUUUUUUAUAAUAAAAUCAUUUCAUUUUUAUUAGUUUUAAUAGUUUCUUUUAGAUUGGCUUUGGCUUUUAUGUAUUCUGUUUUUUGUUUUGUUUUGUUUUUUUAAUACCAAAACAGCCACCAGCAUACACAUCCAGAAAACUUGCAUACUCUGACCACUGAGCCUCAUAAUACUCUGACACUUCCUCAGCAGCAUCUCAUUAUCAUCAAAUGAUUGCAAUGAAAGGUAACAUCAUUUGUAUUGGUACAUUCGGGAUAUUUAAGCCCCACCACACAGGCACGCCCUCAAACCAGCACCGGAAUGUCCACAUUUGGGUGGGGUUCACAUAAGCCCCAUCCAAUCUCAGAUCCGACAGGUCAAAUUAGUCUGGAUUGUCACUGAAAAUUUUGAACAAUUCUGUCCGAUUCACGACUUGUUUGGAUCCACCAUUCACAGCUCACCUCCUCCGCCUCUAUACAGAGCAUGCCCACAACACUCUCCUGUAGAAUUUAGGGAGAUAUUUACAGAUACCAGUUUAUUAUGUCCAUGUGGUUGGGGUAAAGUACGGUAUACAUCUGACCCGCUGUGAGAAGAGCAGCAGCUCAGG